CGCCGAGCUCCAUGGGGGCCGCGCUCGGCCCCACUUAAGGCGCCGGGGGUCGCCCCCCGCCCGCCCGCCCGGCCGCGAGCCCCCCGCCAUGCAGCCGCCGCCGCAGCCGCCCCCCGCCCCGGCACCGCCACCGCCACCGGCACCGCUCCGAGCCGCCCGCCGCAAGCCGGCCCCCGAGGGCAGGGUGGGGGGCCGGAGGGCCCCGCUGUGGCUGCGGGCCCGCUUGCAGGCGCUGCUCUUCGCCCUGGGCUGCCGGAUCCAGCGGCACUGCGGGAAGGUGCUCUUCGUGGGGCUGCUGCUCUUCGGGGCGCUGGCUGUAGGGCUGCGGGUGGCCUCCGUCGAGACCGACAUCGAGCACCUCUGGGUGGAAGCGGGCAGCCGCGUCAGCCAGGAGCUCCGCUACACGAAGGAGAAGCUGGGCGAGGAGUCCGUCUACACGUCCCAGAUGCUGAUCCAGACCCCGAAGCGGGAAGGGGAGAACAUCCUGACGCAGGAGGCCCUGCAGCUCCACCUCGAGGCGGCCCUGGCUGCCAGCAAAGUGCAAGUCUCGCUGUACGGAAAAUCAUGGGAUUUGAACAAGAUCUGCUACAAGUCGGGCGUCCCCAUCAUCGAGAACGGCAUGAUCGAGAGGAUGAUUGAGAAGCUGUUCCCCUGCGUGAUCCUGACGCCGCUGGACUGCUUCUGGGAAGGGGCCAAGCUGCAGGGAGGCUCAGCCUACCUCCCGGGCCGCCCCGACAUCCAGUGGAGCAACCUGGACCCUCUGCAGCUGAUGGAGGAGCUGGGGCAGUUCACGUCCUUGGAAGGCUUCAAGGAGCUGCUGGACAAGGCAGAGGUGGGGCAGGCUUACAUGGAGCGGCCCUGCCUGGACCCCCGGGACCCCCAGUGCCCCCCCAGCGCCCCCAACAAGCAGAGCCAGCAGAGCCCCGACAUCCCUGCAGAGCUCUCGGGGGGCUGCCACGGCUUCUCCAGGAAAUUCAUGCGCUGGCAGGAGGAGCUGAUCUUAGGUGGCACAACCAAAGACUCCCAGGGCAAGCUGCUGAGCGCCGAGGCCCUGCAGACCAUGUUCCUCCUCAUGAGCCCCCGGCAGCUGUUCGAGCACUUCAAGGACGACUACGAGAUCCACGACAUCAGCUGGAGCGAGGAGAAGGCGGGUGCCAUCCUGGAGGCCUGGCAGAGGAAAUUUGUGGAGCUGGCGCAGGACUCCAUCCCGCCCAACGCCACGCAGAGCGUCCAUGCUUUCUCCACCACCACCCUCAACGACAUCAUGAAGUCCUUCUCCGAUGUCAGCGCCAUCCGGGUGGCCGGGGGUUACCUCCUCAUGCUGGCCUACGCCUGUGUCACCAUGCUGCGGUGGGACUGCUCCAAGUCCCAGGGCGCCGUGGGCCUGGCCGGGGUCCUGCUGGUGGCCCUCUCCGUGGCCUCCGGCCUGGGGCUUUGCUCGCUGCUCGGCAUCUCCUUCAACGCGGCCACCACGCAGGUCCUGCCCUUCCUGGCCCUUGGCAUCGGCGUGGACGACAUGUUCCUCCUGGCUCACGCCUUCACCGAGACCAGCCAGCACGUCCCCUUCAAGGAGCGGACGGGCGAGUGCCUGAGGCGCACGGGGACCAGCGUGGCUCUCACCUCCGUCAGCAACAUGAUCGCCUUCUUCAUGGCAGCCCUGGUGCCCAUCCCUGCCCUGCGCGCCUUCUCCAUCCAGGCGGCGGUGGUCGUGGUGUUCAACUUCGCCAUGGUGCUGUUCAUCUUCCCCGCCAUCCUGAGCAUGGACCUGCACCGGCGGGAGAAGCGCCGGCUCGACAUCCUCUGCUGCUUCUACAGCCCUUGCUCCUCACGGGUCAUCCAGAUCCAACCCCAGGAGUUCGCGGACGCCAACGACAACCACGCCUCCCACCCGUCCCCCUACGGGCACCCUGGCGUGGCCACCAGCACCCAGAUCACCACCACCGUGCAGGCCUUCACCCAGUGCGACCCCUCGGGCCACCACAUCGUCACCGUCCUGCCGCCCACCUCCCAGGUGUGCACCUCGCCCGCCGUGCUCCUGCCGCCCGCCGACCCGCUGGGCUCGCAGGUCUUCACCCCCUCCAGCUCCACGCGGGACCUCCUGGCCCAGCUGGACGAGGCCAAGGGUGGGCGUGAGUGCGUGCCCCUGCCCUUCUGCCGCUGGAGCCUCUCCGACUUCGCCCGCGAGAAGUACGCCCCGCUCCUGCUGCGCACCCAGACCAAGGCGGUGGUGGUGGUCCUCUUCCUGGCGCUGCUGGGGCUGAGCCUCUACGGCACCACCAUGGUGCACGACGGGCUCUACCUGACGGACAUCGUGCCGCGGGACACCAAGGCGCACGCCUUCAUCUCGGCGCAGUUCAAGUACUUCUCCUUCUACAACAUGUUCAUCGUCACCAAGGGCGGCUUCCACUACCCGGGCGCCCAGGCCGCCCUGCUCAGCCUGCACCAGGCUUUCAGCACCGUCAAGUACGUGGUGCGCGAGGGCAACCACGACCUGCCCAAAAUGUGGCUCCACUACUUCCAGGACUGGCUGCGAGGGCUCCAGGCCACCUUCGACAGGGACUGGCAAGCCGGGCGCAUCACCCACGACAGCUACCGCAACGGCUCCGAGGACGGGGCGCUGGCGUACAAGCUCCUCAUCCAGACGGGCAACAAGAAGGAACCCUUCAACUUCAACCAGCUGACCACGCGGCGGCUGGUGGACGAAAACGGCAUCAUCCCCCCGGACACCUUCUACAUCUGCCUGACGGUGUGGGCCAGCAACGACCCCCUGGGCUUCGCUGCCUCGCAGGCCAACUUCUACCCGCCACCCCCCGAGUGGAUCCAUGACAAGUACGACACCACGGGCGAGAACCUGCGAAUCCCAGCAGCCCAGCCCCUGGAAUUCGCCCAGUUCCCCUUCUACCUGAGCGGGCUGCGUCGCACGGCCGAUUUCGUGGAGGCGAUCGAGAGCGUGCGGGCCAUCUGCCGGGAGGCCGCCCAGCGCCACGGGGUGCUGAGCUACCCCAGCGGCUACCCCUUCCUCUUCUGGGAGCAGUACAUCGGCCUGCGCCACUGGUUCCUGCUGGCCAUCAGCAUCCUGCUGGCCUGCACCUUCCUCGUCUGCGCCCUGCUGCUGCUCAACCCCUGGACGGCCGGCAUCAUCGUCUCCAUCCUGGCCAUGAUGGCAGUGGAGCUGUUUGGCAUCAUGGGGCUGAUGGGCAUCAAGCUGAGCGCCAUCCCUGUGGUCAUCCUCAUCGCCUCGGUGGGCAUCGGCGUGGAGUUCACCGUCCACGUGGCCUUGGGCUUCCUGACGGCGGCGGGGAGCAGGAACGUGCGCUCGGCCGCGGCGCUGGAGCACACCUUCGCCCCCGUGAUGGACGGCGCCGUCUCCACCCUCCUGGGCGUCCUCAUGUUGGCCGGCUCCGAGUUUGACUUCAUCAUGAGGUACUUCUUUGCGGUGCUCACCAUCCUGACGCUGCUGGGGCUGCUCAAUGGGCUGGUGCUGCUGCCCGUCCUGCUCUCCGUCAUCGGGCCACCCCCCGAGGCAUCCCCCCUGGACAACGGCCCCCGCCUGCCCCCUCCGGAGCCGGUGUCCCCGUGCCUCGGCCCCGGGGGGCUGUACAUCCGCCGUGCCCCAGCCUGGCCCGCUGCCUUCACCGACACCUCGGACACGGAGGGCUACGGGGACGGCCUGGGGCCGGGCAGCCCCCGGGGACCCUUCAUCGUGCCCCCCGCCCCGGCACACAUCCUGCUGGAGGCCGGCAAGGACCCCAGCUUCCCCCGCAUCACCGUGCUGAAGCCCUACAAGGACAGCCCGGAGCUCCAGGGGAAGAAGGAGCCACCCCAACCCGCACCUCCUCUGCCUUUCGGGGAGCCGUGCCCCGCGCCACCCAGAGACUACCCGCGCCCCACGGCACCCCCACGGCCGGGCCAGCCCUGCUCACCCCACACCCGGCCGGCCCCGCGGGGCACCCUGCCCUCCUACAGCACCCACCUGCAGGGCCCCGCCGGCAGCUACACCACCGUCACGGCCACCGCCUCGGUGACGGUGGCCCUGCACCCCACGCUGCCCGGCUCCUACCCGGUUUUUGGCACGGAGGGUGACAGCCUGGAGGAGCCCGGCGUGCCCAGCGCCGUGCCCGAAGCCUUCGAGAUGCAGAGUCUGGGAGGCCACGGGGCGGGCGCCCGGCGCUAGGUCACCGGUCCCGUGGAUGGCACCGGCUCGUGGGCUGCUGGCGUCUCCCAGCGCCCGGAGGGGCACAGAGGGUGCAGAGCGGGGUCGCCCGCAUCGUGCUGCUAAUCGCCCCAGCGGCGAUGCCCCGGUCUCGGCCGAGGAGGACCGGCCCCCCCCCCGCGGCUCCCCCCACCCCGAAAAUGGGCUUGGCAGGGCAGGCUGGCAUUUCUAUGCAAGCUGUGUGCAGGCCGUGCCCUGCCACCCAUCCCCUGCCCAGGGGCUGCGCCGACAACGCUGUGUGUCCCCCCCCCAACACACCUCCAGGGCUUGGGGUCACCCUGUGCCCCCCCCCAGAAAUGGAAGCACUAACCCCCCCUCUGUUUCUGGAGCUGCUGGCACGGCGGGCUCAGCGCCCAGCCCUCUGCCCUGCCACCCUCCCCUGCGCGGGGGUCACUGCCUGCCCCCCCCCCCUCACCUCCUGGGACCCCCAGCCAGGGUGCCCUGCCCCGAUAAGGGGGGGGCAGCCCCAGAGCCCAGGGUGGGCACCCCCCCACCUUUAUUUAUUGCAAAGGGAAACUUAUCUAUAGAGAGAUAUAUAUUUUUAAGCUUAUUUUAAAAGAUUUAUUUCUCAGCCGACGGCCUCGCCUGGCUGCCCGGAGGGGGCAGACCCUUUGCCAGUGCAGGGCUGCCCCCCCCCCCCCCAGGGCAAAGGGCGCAGACCUGGGUCGUGCCCCCCCCCCCCCCCUCUGCAGGGUGCUGAGCGGCCACGUCGCCCCCUCCGUGCCUCAGUUUCCCCACUGUUGAGCACGGGAGAGAUGGAGACAGGGAUGUGCCGGGGGGGCUGUUGCUGCCACCGCACAGGCAGGGUUAUUUUUUUUUUGGGGGGGGGUCCUUGCUGUGCCAAGCCCCCAGGAUGUCCCACGGCCAUGGUCCCAUGUGCUCUGCCCCCUCAAAGGGCACCCACACUGCCACCGGGCACAUCCAGCUGGGAAACCUAAUUUCUCGCCCCGUUCCCAUGCAAACGGGGCCACCCCUUCCUGCCACCCCCCCCCCAAAAAAAAAAUCCCAUCCUUGUCCCCAUCCCGGGCACCUGUCCGCGCCGUCACCCAGCACUUUAACUCCAGCGGUGUUCGCCGUGCCCACCGCCCUGGCCCCCCCCGGACACUGCCGCUGAGCUGGGGUGGCCCCGGGGUCCCCGUCCCCGUGCCAGGCGUGGGCACGGCGGGCAGCCCCCAACCCCCUUCCUUUUAUCCCCCCCCCCCAAUGCCAUCUAAGUUAUUUAUAUCAAAGAGAGCAAAGGUUUAUUUUUGUAGUUUGUACAGGCGGUAGUGGGGAACCGAAGGUUUAUUUUUAAAGAGUAAAUAUAUAUAUUAUAUAUAAAUUA